AUCACUUUAAUAAUACUGGGUUACGGAGAAAAAGUUAGGGAGCAAAAGUGGACACGGAAAAUAAAAUAUAAGAGAUGCGGGGGGGCUUGAUCGGAGGCUUCUGCUUCCUUGCCUUCCUGUUAUCUUCGGGUACCAAAGGUGAAAACUUAUUGUAUUCCAACGAUGUAUUACAAGGUGAAAUCGGAAAAUCCUCAUCAAACAAUAGUAAUUUAUAUAGAGAAGCAACAGCAGAGAUUGAUACUGAUUCAGCCGAGACUACCAAAUAUGACACAUCAACACCUGGAACUUUGCACUCUGAUAAUAAUUUAAUACAGAAUAUUGAGGCCAGAAGUGGAACUGAGUCGGAAGUUACUACCGAAACUGUAACGGAAUCAUUGAAUUCUAGAGAUGGUAGUAUUAGUAGCACUACUACUAAUGACCUAUCGACCAGUCCUGACCAUCCCAAGUACGAUUCCAGUAAUGAAGCAUCAGUUCAAACUCAAGCUCUUUCUCGUACAGGUGGACACAUCGGGUAUAAGGAAUCCGAGCCUAGUGAUGAUGAACAGUCAAGGUAUUUUCAUCACGCAACCACAGCAAGCCUUAAUGCUAUCGAAGACGAAGAUCAAGCUUUAGGACGUUAUGAUCCAGAGUCUUCCGAAUCUCGUGUCAAUCCCGUGACAAAUCGAGCGGCAUACAAUGUUAACUCUAACACUGAACCAGCAAUUCAAGACCAAGAUAUACAAGAUAAAUCGGAUGAACCUGAUGCAGAUCUUAGACACGGUUUAGUACAUGCAUUUGCAGGAGCGAGGUCAAGAGUUAUUAGUCAGAAUGACUACAUUCUUCCAACUUCAAUACCAGGAGGAGAUAACUUGAUCGCAUGCUCAAACGAGUAUGAACUUCACAAUAUCUGGUCACCGAUUUACGAUUGUAUGGUUUGUGUUUGUGUAAGGGAGGGCUGGUCUUUGAUGCCUGUCUGUGUUACUUGUAACACGUGUGCUAUACCACCGAUAGCACCGCCACCCCCUCCUUCUCCACCACUGCUUCCGCCAAUGCGGCCUUCAAUAAUUCCGGAGCAACCUGUGAUCGACUUAUACCCACCGCUUCCUCCUCCUAUCCUAAUCCCCGAACAACAAAUAUAUGAUAUAUAUCCACCACUACCACCUCCUUUACCAUCACCACCGUCACCACCGCACUUUAUUUUACCGGAUCAACCGGAAUAUGAAAUAUUACCUCAUCCUUUGCCACCGUCUCAGCCACCAUUUAUAGUGCCAGAACAACCGAUCUAUGAAAUAUUACCACCACUACUGCCGAAGCAUCUACCACCACCGCCACCACCACCACCGAUAUUGCCUUUGCCAUCACCACCACUACCGAUACCACCACCACCUGAACCAGAAUCUCAAGUUUCGUGCGAUCCGUUACCGACGGACUCACCAUUCCAAAACCCAUUGAAUCCGUGCCAGAUAUGCAUAUGUACGCGGAUCUACAAUGCUCUCGGACAGACGGACAUACAAAUACAAUGUCAGGAAAAUCCAUCAUGCACGCCGCCCCCCGACAACAUACAAAUACCUCCGACGCCGGUGCCGAGACCAGCCCCGAUGUCGCUAUGUGAGGGAUUCCCGCCCGGUGUGACGUUCCCUCAUCCGUCUGAUGCAUGCAAAAUAUGCAAGUGUGUUAUCGAGGAAGUUUACUUCACACCAGAGCAAAGAAUUAUCUGCAUACCAAACCCUGAAUGCGAACCACUGCCAUUACCACCACCACCACUACCACCACCACCGAUAAUGCCCGAGCCGAUCCCAGAUAUACACCAUGAAGUUUAUCCUACGAUAUCACAGAAUCCUGAACCGAUGCCUUGGCCACCAGUGCUAAAGCCAAUGCCACCACCUAGUCCUCUACCUGGACCUCCACCACACGACACCUGUAGACCCUACCCUCCGAACACGCCAUUCCAGCAUCCGUGGGACGAAUGUCAAAUCUGUAUGUGUAGCGAGUCUUAUGGUGUGAAUAUCGUCAACGUAGAAGUCAACUGCUAUACCAAAAAAUCAUGCUGUAUCGAACCACCGAUUCCGGAACCCUUACUUUUACCCCCGUACCCGAGCCAUGUGCCAUCCACGAAUCAAGCGACCGGAAAUAUAGUAUUUAUUGAACCGAAGUGCCGCUAUCAACCACCAGAUACACCGUUUAUAAUCGACUGUAAUAUUUGCAUAUGUCAAGUGGUAUUCUCAUAUGUAGUCGCUCAGUGCACGCCACAACUAAAUUGCGGAGCACCUUUAAUCGGAGGGAAUGUUGACACUUCCGCCCAAGCAACAGCCAUUGCAAAUUCAGGGAACUUGUCACCAAAUGCAAAUUUCUAUCCACAUUCUCCAAUAGAUAGUCAGUCUGGCUCAAUUACUCAGGCAAAUGCUCAGUCUCUAUCAAGCCUCUCGAACGCUCUGGGUCAAGCCAAUUCUUACACCGUGGGAGGCAAUAGUCAAGCACAAGCCAUCACAAAUGCUCAAUACAAUCCAUACUAUAUCAAACCAUAUUCUAUUGGAGGAGGUUCUAAGGUUCUUGCGCAAGCUGAAGCGGAAACUAUAACAAAUAACUUAUACCCAUACAAUAACAAUCCUUAUUCUCCAGGUAGUUAUUUUGAUUCUCAAGCACAAGCCGAAGCUAUUGCCAAUUCUCAAUCGGGAGGGUUAUCCCCAUAUAAUCCUUAUUCUCUUGGAGGCAGUCAAUCAAACGCCCUUGCUGAAGCCAUCGCCAACUCUCAAUCGGGAGGGUUAUCCCCAUAUAAUCAUUACUCUCUUGGAGGCAGCCAAUCAAGCGCCCUUGCUGAAGCUGAAGCUAUUGCCAAUUCUCAAUCAGGAGGUUUAUCUCCAUAUAAUCCUUACUCUCUUGGAGGCAGCCAAUCAAGCGCCUUUGUUGAAGCCAUCGCCAACUCUCAAUCAGGAGGUUUAUCUCCAUAUAAUCCUUACUCUCUUGGAGGCAGUCAAUCAAACGCACUUGCUCAAGCCGAAGCUAUUGCCAAUUCUCAAUCGGGAGGGUUAUCCCCAUAUAAUCCUUACUCUCUUGGAGGCAGUCAAUCAAACGCACUUGCUCAAGCCGAAGCUAUUGCCAACUCUCAAUCAGGAGGUUUAUCUCCAUACAAUCCUUACUCUCUUGGAGGCAGUCAAUCAAACGCACUUGCGCAAGCCGAAGCUAUUGCCAACUCUCAAUCAGGAGGUUUAUCUCCAUAUAAUCCUUACUCUCUUGGAGGCAGUCAAUCAAACGCACUUGCGCAAGCCGAAGCUAUUGCCAACUCUCAAUCAGGAGGUUUAUCUCCAUAUAAUCCUUACUCUCUUGGAGGCAGUCAAUCAAACGCACUUGCUCAAGCCGAAGCUAUUGCCAACUCUCAAUCAGGAGGUUUAUCUCCAUAUAAUCCUUACUCUCUUGGAGGCAGUCAAUCAAACGCACUUGCUCAAGCCGAAGCUAUUGCCAACUCUCAAUCCGGAGGUUUAUCUCCAUAUAAUCCUUACUCUCUUGGAGGCAGUCAAUCAAACGCACUUGCUCAAGCCGAAGCUAUUGCCAACUCUCAAUCCGGAGGUUAUCUCCAUAUAAUCCUUACUCUCUUGGAGGCAGUCAAUCAAACGCACUUGCUCAAGCCGAAGCUAUUGCCAACUCUCAAUCAGGAGGUUUAUCUCCAUAUAAUCCUUACUCUCUUGGAGGCAGUCAAUCAAACGAACUUGCUCAAGCCGAAGCUAUUGCCAAUUCUCAAUCGGGAGGGUUAUCCCCAUAUAAUCCUUACUCUCUUGGAGGCAGUCAAUCAAACGCACUUGCUCAAGCCGAAGCUAUUGCCAAUUCUCAAUCGGGAGGGUUAUCCCCAUAUAAUCCUUACUCUCUUGGAGGCAGUCAAUCAAGCGCCCUUGCUGAAGCCAUCACCAAUUCUCAAUCCGGAGGUUUAUCUCCAUAUAAUCCUUACUCUCUUGGAGGCAGUCAAUCAAACGCACUUGCUCAAGCCGAAGCUAUUGCCAAUUCUCAAUCGGGAGGGUUAUCUCCAUAUAAUCCUUACUCUCUUGGAGGCAGUCAAUCAAACGCACUUGCUCAAGCCGAAGCUAUUGCCAAUUCUCAAUCGGGAGGGUUAUCUCCAUAUAAUCCUUACUCUCUUGGAGGCAGUCAAUCAAACGCACUUGCUCAAGCCGAAGCCAUCGCCAACUCUCAAUCAGGAGGUUUAUCUCCAUAUAAUCCUUACUCUCUUGGAGGCAGUCAAUCAAACGCACUUGCUCAAGCCGAAGCUAUUGCCAACUCUCAAUCCGGAGGUUUAUCUCCAUAUAAUCCUUACUCUCUUGGAGGCAGUCAAUCAAACGCACUUGCUCAAGCCGAAGCUAUUGCCAACUCUCAAUCCGGAGGUUUAUCUCCAUAUAAUCCUUACUCUCUUGGAGGCAGUCAAUCAAACGCACUUGCUCAAGCCGAAGCUAUUGCCAACUCUCAAUCCGGAGGUUUAUCUCCAUAUAAUCCUUACUCUGUUGGAGGCAGUCAAUCAAACGCACUUGCUCAAGCCGAAGCUAUCGCCAACUCUCAAUCAGGAGGUUUAUCUCCAUAUAAUCCUUACUCUCUUGGAGGCAGUCAAUCAAACGCACUUGCUCAAGCCGAAGCUUUUGCCAACUCUCAAUCCGGAGGUUUAUCUCCAUAUAAUCCUUACUCUCUUGGAGGCAGUCAAUCAAACGCACUUGCUCAAGCCGAAGCUAUUGCCAACUCUCAAUCCGGAGGUUUAUCUCCAUAUAAUCCUUACUCUCUUGGAGGCAGUCAAUCAAACGCACUUGCUCAAGCCGAAGCUAUUGCCAACUCUCAAUCCGGAGGUUUAUCUCCAUAUAAUCCUUACUCUCUUGGAGGCAGUCAAUCAAACGCACUUGCUCAAGCCGAAGCUAUUGCCAACUCUCAAUCCGGAGGUUUAUCUCCAUAUAAUCCUUACUCUCUUGGAGGCAGUCAAUCAAACGCACUUGCUCAAGCCGAAGCUAUUGCCAACUCUCAAUCCGGAGGUUUAUCUCCAUAUAAUCCUUACUCUCUUGGAGGCAGUCAAUCAAACGCACUUGCUCAAGCCGAAGCUAUUGCCAACUCUCAAUCCGGAGGUUUAUCUCCAUAUAAUCCUUACUCUCUUGGAGGCAGUCAAUCAAACGCACUUGCUCAAGCCGAAGCUAUUGCCAACUCUCAAUCCGGAGGUUUAUCUCCAUAUAAUCCUUACUCUCUUGGAGGCAGUCAAUCAAACGCACUUGCUGAAGCCGAAGCUACAGCUAAUUCACAAUAUGGUAAUGCACAAGCUAGUGCCAACGCCGUGAAUUCGGGUUCGACGCCACAAAGUCUAGCUCACGCCUCGGCUGUCUCAGGAAGACCUUUAAUAAGAUCAGGAGGAGAUGAUGAAGAUAAUAUUUCUAGUUUAUCGGAAGAA